AUGUCUAAAGAAGAGUUACCCGGGAGGGGGACGGACGACAUCACAAGUGUGUCGCUACGACAAUCCAGUCCGACAGCUUACUGGCCGUCAAGGCCGCACCAAACCGCCUUUUUUAUCCACCCACCACACGGCCCCCCGUUCUGUUCCCUCCCGGUCCCAAAUUGGUCGUUGUUUAAUCUGACGGGGCCGAGGUUCAGGAUAACCCACCCGAGGGAACUUAUCAGAUCCGAACACAUGCACCUCAUCUUGACGAGUCGUCUGAUGGUGAUUGAUGUUGUCUGCAUGGCUGGGAGCACUACGCGGCCUGCUGGCGUGAGGGGGAAGAAGAGUAGGGAGGGCGAGGUUAAAUGGCAAAAAACGACGCUUCCGCACGACGGGCGAGACACCCAAGACUCGUGA